ACUAUUCCGUUUUGGCUUUUCAAGUCGGUUUAAAAUUUUUAACAUUUAGCAAUUUUGUACAAUAAUUCAUCGAUUAUAUUACGCAUGAAGAUAACAAGUCAAUUACCUCGGAUACUAUGAAACGGCAAAGGGUGAAAAAUGUAUCAAGUCGUGUUUACGUGGAUCAUCAGUUUGACUCACUGGAUCCGGGUAUAACGUUGAAUGAAGCCAAAACCAAUCCAAUCGAAAAAUGGAUGGAAGCGCAGGUGUUGCCAGGUGACACACUGCAAGCUAUUGCUCUCAGGUUCAAUUGCACGAUAGCAGAACUGAAAAAAAUUAACAAGAUAGACAAAGACAAUGAAAUUUUUGCUCGAAGGAUAAUCAGAGUGCCAAUUACGCCUCAUUCAGUUCUAUUAGAAACACUGCCAAAAGUGCACAGUAGUGGUAACAGUAGUCCAAAGAGUGUUCCGAGCAUAACACACAAUGCCAUAUCCGUGUUGGCAACGCAAGCGAAUUUAGAUGAAAAAUUGAUUGUGGCUGCAGUUAGUAGUGCUUCCUACAAAGAGGAUAACCUGAACCACAUCGUAUUAAACGCAAGAAACGAAACUCAUGCUAGUUUUGGAGACCCACAGGAGGGAUCGAGUAAAAGCUACCGAGACGACAAUUUCUCUUCUCGACAGCCAUUGCUUAGUGGAGAAUAUGACGAAAAUGUGCCGCAACCACGUCCGGUACGACUACCUGCAAGCGAUUUCUCGUGCAAUGGAUCCGACUGUGAUAUCUCCUGGAUUUGUCUACUAGUGUGUAUUUUGGCGCUUUGUUUUGCUAUUCCACUAAUAUACGUUUUUUACGUUGCCGAACAUCCUGAGAAAUAUCAUCACAAUCACGACACAGAGCCCAGAAUAGUGGACCUGAAAAAAGCCAGUAUUUUCAAUGGGAGUGAUGUAUCAAACCAAUUUCGAUUGUAAGUGAAACUUUGUUACGCUACAAGCGAAUCUGCUCAAGUACGGACCAUCACCUUCGUAGAUUCUACUAUACACUUAUGAAGUCGUCACAUUCGUUUUACUUAUCGGGUCCAAGCGACUGAAAAUAUAUGUUACUGAGCACCCAGAGUUGGAAGUUCGAGCUGCAUACAAUUUCUGGGUUAAAACUAGACCCAUAAUCUUUUUUAGGUGUUUCAAAGGGAUUGUUUUACUAUUGGAACAAAGUGUGCCUGGUGUGCCUUUUUCAGAAUUAAUUAUACAUUUUAUUUUGUUGAAUGAAAUUAUUUCAGUGGCUUAUCACUGUCUUGGAAAAUUGUGUUAUCUUUUCUCAAUUCAUGCAAAACUGGUUUAGUAUUUGUUAAUUAUUUUAAUUUGAUCUGAUUUUCAUGCGAUGAAGAAUCAUUGCUAGAUUUAACCGCAUUAUAACAUGUAUCAUAGUUUUGUUUUGUUUUGUUUAUUCGGGUUGGGGAUGUUCGUUA